CAUAUACGCACGCAUACACCGGCAUUGUUUACGUAUCACAAUAUCAAAAGGGAAGGAAGUUGCUGCUAGGGUGUACGUACACCAAUAAAGAACACGUAGAGGAGAAAAGGGUGGGCGCAUUAGCAAUUUUUUAAUCUUUCCUUAUCAUACCAUAAGUGCACAAGUUACGCUGCAGCUGAGUUUGGAAGAAGUUUUGCUAGAAUGUGCGGAAUAUUUGCUUAUCUAAAUUAUUUAACUCCAAAAACACGUCAUGAGGUUUUGGAUUUGUUGGUGAACGGUUUGAAACGUCUGGAAUAUCGCGGAUACGAUUCCACAGGCAUAGCCAUUGAUGGUCCGGGUGAGCACAAUGACGUUAUACUGGUCAAAAGAAUUGGCAAAGUCAAGGUAUUGGAGGAUGCCAUACAGGAGCUGUGCUCCAACGAGGACUUCUCGGCUGCAUUGAACACACAUGUCGGUAUUGCUCAUACCAGAUGGGCAACCCAUGGUGUACCCUCCGAAAUGAAUUCACAUCCUCAGCGUUCUGAUUUGGACAACAGUUUUGUGGUAGUCCAUAAUGGUAUUAUAACCAAUUAUAAGGAUGUAAAGACCCUGCUGGAGAAAAGGGGUUAUGUUUUUGAGUCGGACACUGACACAGAAGUAAUUGCGAAGCUGGUUCAUCACUUGUGGACGCAACAUCCAUCGUAUACCUUUCGCGAAUUGGUGGAGCAAACAAUUCAACAAUUGGAGGGAGCCUUUGCCGUGGCCUUCAAAUCUAAAGAAUUUCCUGGCGAAUGUGUUGCUUCACGCCGCGGCUCUCCCCUGCUGGUAGGCAUUAAGACCAAAACACGUUUGGCCACAGACCACAUUCCCAUUUUGUAUGCCAAAGAACAUCGUCCCCACGGCCAUAGUAAUAUGCCAUCAAUGUUGCCUGUUACUCGCACCGAAUCCCAUUCCGAGUUUAUGCCUUUGGACGAUACUGAAGUUGAAUAUUUCUUUGCCUCGGAUGCUUCGGCAAUUAUUGAGCACACCAAUCGUGUAAUCUAUUUGGAAGACGAUGAUGUGGCCGCCGUUAAGGAUGGUGCCUUAAGCAUCCAUCGGUUGAAAAGGUCAUUGGACGAUGCCCAUGCUCGAGAAAUCACCACAUUGAAAACCGAAAUCCAACAGAUCAUGAAGGGUAACUAUGACUACUUUAUGUUGAAGGAAAUUUACGAACAACCCGAGUCUGUGGUAAACACCAUGAGAGGUCGUGUGAAGUUUGAAUCACAAGAUGUGGUUUUAGGAGGUAUCAAAGAAUACAUACCGGAGAUAAGAAGAUGCCGGCGCAUAAUGCUGAUCGGAUGUGGCACUUCGUACCAUAGUGCGGUGGCUACUAGGCAACUCUUGGAGGAGCUUACAGAAAUUCCUGUCAUGGUCGAGUUGGCUUCUGAUUUUCUGGAUCGUAAUACUCCCAUCUUUCGUGAUGACGUGUGCUUUUUCAUUUCGCAGUCUGGAGAAACGGCUGACACUCUACUCGCCUUAAGGUACUGCAAGCAAAGAGGAGCUUUAAUCGUGGGCAUCACAAACACUGUGGGCAGCAGUAUUGGCCGUGAAUCUCACUGUGGCGUUCACAUUAAUGCCGGGCCUGAAAUAGGCGUAGCUUCCACCAAGGCAUAUACCUCUCAAUUCAUUUCGCUGGUCAUGUUUGCCUUGGUCAUGUCUGAUGAUCGUUUAUCGAUUCAACCCAGACGUCAAGAGAUCAUUAAAGGCCUGUCCAAUUUGGCCGAUCAAAUUAGGAAGGUAUUGGAAUUGGAUACGAAAAUUCGCGAUUUAGCCAAGGAAUUGUAUAUGCACAAAUCUCUGUUGAUAAUGGGGCGUGGUUAUAACUUUGCCACAUGCCUUGAAGGUGCCUUAAAAGUCAAGGAAUUAACGUACAUGCAUAGCGAAGGGAUACUGGCGGGAGAACUAAAACACGGUCCCCUCGCUUUAGUCGACGAUGAGAUGCCUGUUCUUAUGAUUGUUCUACGCGAUCCAGUCUACACCAAAUGCAUGAACGCCUUGCAGCAAGUCACUUCGCGCAAAGGACGUCCCAUUAUAAUCUGUGAAGAAGGUGAUGAAGAAACCAAAGCCUUUUCCUCCCGCAGCCUGGAAAUUCCCCGCACUGUCGAUUGCCUACAAGGUAUUUUAACUGUCAUUCCUAUGCAAUUGCUGUCAUAUCACAUUGCUGUUUUGCGUGGAUGUGAUGUUGAUUGUCCCCGAAACUUGGCCAAAUCAGUGACCGUUGAGUAAACUAUUGACGACCACACCCCACCCAAUACCCCUUUUUUUAUAGGGGCUCCGCUUGGUUUCACUUUGUUUUUCACCACUGGAAACUGUUUUUACUCUUAUGACAAAAGCGGCUAUAAUUUUGACAAAUAUUUCUGGGGGCGAAAGGGCAAGUGAAACCAAGAGAGGGUCACUAUAUAAUAAUGGUUUUGUAAUUGUUAAGUUAUAACUUUAUACCAGCCCCCUUCCUCUGUGCAUUUCCAAAAUCUAUGAUUGUAUAUUUAUUUUGCCUUAUUUUGUUAGUUAAGUUCAACGUUUUUUUUUUGUAUGCCAUUUACUAUGGGAGUUUCAGCGUAUUUAAACAAUUGAAAAAUUUUAAUAAACGUGUGCAAUUUCGCAAAUAGUUUAAAACUAUUACCCUUCUUAUAUACAGAUAUAUUUUAUCUACAAGCAUACAUAUACAUAUAUUUUAACAACAAUAAAUAUGGGAAUAUUGUA